CUCAGGCCAGGGGCUGCUACUGGAGACUGACCAGCGUGAUGCUCGCGAUCCCGAUCGAGUUCCUUACACAAGUACUCCAAGCACCCAAGCAAGAUCUUGCCCCUUCCACUCACACGCGCGGCUCCAUCCAUUUGCACGCAACCGGGCCAUGGGUUCGUUGACCAUCCCGGGCUUCGCGGCAGCAGCAGCGCCACUACCACACACCGACACCCAGCAGGGCCAGGGGCUGCAGCAGCGGCCGCCGCACGUGGUGCUGCUGGCUAGCCCCGGCGCCGGCCACCUCAUCCCGCUGGCGGAGCUGGCGCGGCGGCUCGUGGAGCGCCACGGCUUCGCGGCCACGCUCGUCACGUACACCGACUUGUUCGACCCGCGCCUCCUCCAGUGCAUCCCGGCCUCCGUCUCCACCGUCGCGCUCCCGGCUUUCCACAUCGACGUCCCUGCCGAUGGCCCCGUCGGCGAAAUGCUCCGCGAGCUCGUCCGCCGCUCCCUCCCUGAACUUCGCUCGCUGCUGCGCUCCAUGUCCAUGCCGCCGCUCGCCGCGUUCGUGCCGGACUUCUUCUGCGCCGCGGCGCUCCCCGUCGCCGCGGAGAUGGGCGUCCCGGGCUACGUCUUCUUCCCCGGCAGCCUGUCGUGGAUCGCCCUCAUGCGCCACAUCGUGGAGCUCCACGACGAUGUCGCCCUCGCCUCAGCUGGCGAAUACCGUGACGUCGCGGAGCCUCUGGAGCUCCCGGGCCCGCUGUCGCUGCGCCGCGCGGAUCUCCCGGAGUCGUGCCGUGACUGCAGUGCGCCGUCUUACCAGCGGAGCAUGGAGUGGGGCCGUCUUUUCCGCGACGCCGGCGGCCUGUUGGUGAACAUUUUUUCCGAGAUGGAGCCUGCCGCCCUGGAAGCGUUUGAGGCAGCGGCCAAGCGAGGCGCGUUCCCGCCGGUGUUCCCGGUGGGGCCGUCUAUCCGGUCCAGCCCCGACAAAGUCGCCGACAGCAAAGAAUCGCCAUGCUUGGACUGGCUGGAUCGCCAGCCGACAGGGUCCGUGGUGUACGUCUCCUUCGGGAGCGGCGGGGCGCUGUCGGUGGAGCAGACGGUGGAGCUCGCUGCCGGGCUGGAGGCCAGCGGCCAGAGGUUCCUUUGGAUCGUGCGGUUGCCAAGGCUGGAAGGACGACACCCCUUCGCCUUCGGCAACGGCCAUGGCCAUGGCCACGAAGACCCGUUGGCAUGGCUUCCCGAGGGUUUCUUGGAGAGGACCAAAGGCAGGGGCCUCGCCGUCGCGGCAUGGGCGCCCCAGGUGCGCGUGCUGUCUCACCCGGCGACGGCGGCAUUCGUGUCGCACUGCGGGUGGAACUCGACGCUGGAGAGCGCGCGGUCGGGCGUCCCAGUGGUCGCUCUCCCGCUGUGCGCGGACCAGAUGAUGAACGCCCUUCUGCUGGAAGGGAACCUCGGGGUGGCGCUGCGGCCGCGAGGAGGCGGAGGCUGCGUGGUGGGGCGCGACGAGAUCGCGGCCGCCCUGAAUGAGAUCAUGGAAGGGGAGAAAGGGAGCGUCGUGAAGCGCCGGGCGAGAGACCUGCAGAAAGCGGCGACCGAUGCAUGGUCGCCUGAAGGGUCAUCGAGCCGGGCGCUGGACGAAGUCGUCGCCAAGUGGAUGGCGGCGCUUGCACCGACAGAUAAAAUUGGGCCCAAAAUCUAGCCUCGGACUGCACCUGUGUGUGUGUGUUUCACUGUAAGCCUCAGUUUGUUGUACGGUGCUUAACUUAUUUUAUGAUUGGUUAGCAAACAAUAAAAUAGACAAAAAAAGGUGUUGAACAGACGAUUAUGAGAAUCCACAAAACUGUUAGUUGCAGUCUUAAUAGUCGAUGGUUUGACUGGUCAGGGUUAA